GAGGCGGGGGGCGUGGCCAGGCGCCGCAGAUGCCGGCCGGUGUCGGGGUCAGCGAGGACGAGCGGCGGCAGCAGCAGCGUGCCACCAUGUCAUCCGGUCAGGAAUCCGUUUACUCUGAGUAUGAGACUGACACCAGCCAGACAUCAAAGCUGUUAAGAAAAUUUAAAGAGACGCCGUUUGUACCCAUCGGGAUGGCAGGCUUCGCCAUGGUGGUUGGCUACGGGCUGUACAGGCUGAAGCACAGAGGUGACAUGAAAAUGUCACUUCACUUGAUCCACAUGCGCGUGGCGGCCCAAGGCUUCGUCGUGGGAGCGAUAACGUGUGGUGUGCUCUAUUCAAUGUUUCGGGAGUAUGUGAUGAAGCCCAAGGAGUAAUGGGAGGAUGACUGAAAUCUCUGUCCUGGUGGUGGCCUGUGAACUGCAGCUACAAACCUCCUAUCAAGGGGUUCUUGAGGAAAAAAAAAAAUAAUACAUGGUAUUGGAAAAUUGCCCUAUAUCUAUUUUGUGCAUGGUACACUGUCUUGAAGCUGGCAGCCUAAAUGAUUGCGCACUGAGGGAGUGGGUAUCACGGUCUGAUUCUUUGAUUGGCGCUACCAUAUCCCAGUUUUUAGGGGAUAUAGUAGAGAACAGUCCCUUUACCUUCCCUCUCGACUGUCAGCUCAGUCUUAAAAUUGGUGACUCCUUUUUGCUGCUGUUGCCCUAAAACCACAAAGUCUGAACUAGCUUCUGUUCAGCCUCAGGCAGAACAUUAGGUAGUGUUGUGAAUGCUUUGCUGUCAUUUUCUAUCUUGUAUAUUUGUCAGCCUCCAACUUUUUGUAAUUUAGAAGCUUCCAGUUAGCACUAAAUGACUUCUAAAAUAUUGAGAUAUAAACAUCUAUUUUUUUUUUAUUUAAGGCAUAAGUAUUUGGUACGUUGCAGCUAUUUAAAUGUUAUAUUUAUUCAUUGUUAAUGAAGACACAGGCUCCCUAUUUUUACUAUAGAUUUUCAGACUCUAAGAUUCCUCUAUUUUUUAACUUUUAUUUACAGUGUUCUUCUGAAUAACAUUUAAAUGUAACAUUUAAAAUACAUAUUGUGAAAUCUAAACUUUGGUGUUCUGAUCCUUUUAGUUAAAGGAUACGAUUUAGCCCUGAUUUCUGCAGUAUCAUUCCCUAUAGAAAUUUUAAAACAUUUCAAUCUGAAAAGCCCCCAUCAUCCUCGAUGAGGUCUUAAAACCCUUCUCUGUAAAUUGCCACUGUUAUUUUACACUCAAACCCCUUGUACCUCCAACAGCAGUCACAGAAAUAAAUGUGUUGAUAAAGCCAAUUUGUAAAAACCGCAUUUUCUCCUAUAGCUUGCAUUCCAUGGUGACAGUGUGUCUCUUUGUAACAAAUGCUACAAGGUACAUACUGCACCUUCCUGUGAUAUAUUGUACAGAGCAGUGGGAGAUGAAAUAUCAAUAAAUGCGUGAGCACUGGA